GUCAGGCAGACACUCAGGGGUUAAAGUGGGAGUUUGAAGCAGCCUCUCGCUCUGUCUUCUGCUUUCAGCGGAAAACAUCUGACUGCUGGACUUCUUUACUCUGCUGCGUUUGCAUCGCCGUCAUUUUCUACACCAGGAGCCUUAGAGAGAAACUAUCUAACCUGUUGUGCUGCGUUUUCCCUGUUGGGUUUUCAGAGGCAUAAAACAAAGCAUGUGUGGGUGUUAAGAGUUUGACCUCUGGCCUGAAGACGCUGACCUCUGGCUGUUCAUUUGUCCACUUGAGCUUCUCUCCACAACAAUGUCUGCAGAAGUGGAAAAUGGCCCGCCUGUCCAAACAGAUACAACAAGUCCAAGCUCCACCACUCCUCCCACUACACCAACAACUCCAUCCAAGGUCCCAUUCAAGAAAGAGAAAAAGAAAGUUCCAGAGAAGACAGACGAAUACCUACUGGCCCGGUUUCAAGGGGAUGGUGUGAGGUACAAAGCCAAGCUCAUUGGUAUUGAUGAUGUCCCAGAGGCAAGAGGAGACAAGAUGUGCCAGGAUUCAAUGAUGAAGCUGAAGGGCAUUGCAGUUGCGGCUCGUUCCCAAGGUAAACACAAACAAAGAAUUUGGGUCAACAUUUCGAUGGCAGGCAUGAAGAUUAUUGAUGAGAAGUCUGGAGUGAUUGAGCAUGAGCAUGCGGUAAACAAGAUCUCCUUCAUAGCCAGAGAUGUGACAGACAAUAGAGCGUUUGGCUAUGUCUGUGGAGUUGAGGGGCAGCAUCAGUUUUAUGCAAUAAAAACGGCACAGCAGGCUGAACCACUUGUCAUCGACCUAAAAGAUUUAUUUCAGGUCAUCUUCAACAUGAGAAAGAAAGAGGCAGAGGCUGCGCAGAAAGGCAUAAAGGGAGAAAAUGGCAGCGCAGUAGUUGAGAAUGGAGAAGACGCCUUGUUAAAAACGGAUGUGGGGAAAACAGACCAACCAAUUGAGCAGCCUGACCUUUUUGGAGACAUAACAACCCCACCAGACAUCCAGGCUCCAAAUGAAGCUAAUGACAUUCUGUUGCUGGAUUUUUCUGCUGAUGUUGACUGCAAUCAGAAUCAUAUAAAUGGAACGUCCUCUGUUACAUCCUGUGCCCUUAACCAUAAAACAGUCAAAACAUUUUCAGAAAAAUUAGGUUAUUUUCCAACCCCCGAUAAUGAUCCUUUUAGAGAUGACCCACUUUCAAAAUCACCCCCCCAGAAUAUCUCAAAGCACCCCAUGGACACUAACUACUGCUUAAACAAAACUGCUGGCAGCGUUGUUAAUACAGUCAGUAACAAUGUUUUAAAUGUGGACUCUGAACAGCUUACUCAAAUAAAUGAGUUAUCCAGUAAAACUAUGAUCCUUGCUAUCAACCAUGGUUACUGGCCUCUAGGUGGUAAAAUAUCAGAAGACGGCACAAAUACCAUAAUGGACGGAAAUCAUUUGGACUCAUCUUUUACAUCUAGUAACCCAUUUUUUGAAAACGCUUUGGAAAAUUCCACAUCAUUAAACGACACAAGUGAUAGAAAGUCUCAAAACAAUAGGCCAUAUUAUAGCAAAGAUUCCAUUGUGAUUAGUCCACCUCCCCAAAGCUUUAAGACUGGACGAAGAAGAAGCACAAAGUCUACAUCAAGUGACCUUUUUGGAGCAGAUCUGUUUUCUGGUACUGGUCAGUCUGAAGGAUCAUCUGCUGCAGGUGACCUCUUUAACAGUACCUCUGCAAACUCCAAUCCAUCAUCUUUAGCUGCUUUAGGAAAUCUUCAGUUAGGUCCGCCUCCUUCAAAUGUCACUGCUGCACCAGUGUGGGGAGCCCCCAACACCACAACUUCCAUCUUAAACAUGCCCGGGGUGAUGCCUGGUGCUCCCAGGCCUGUUUAUCCGCAGCCAUCUGCCUUUGGUGGGUUACCUAUACCCCCAUCUGCGUGGGGCCCACAAAUGCCAGCUCAGUUUAAUCCACCUUUAUCUCCACCUCACCUUGCUUGGGGUCAACCUAGUGCAACGAUGCCCCCUGUUGGUCCAGGGUGGGGCCAACCUUCCACUAAUCCUUUUCACUCCGGGCCAUUCUCUGCUAUGGGUGACCAGCAAGGUCCAGCUAGACCCCCUCCUAGACCACCUGUAAAAGAGCCUGCAAAGGUAGAAAACAAUGCCUUCACAGCUUUGGAUCCUCUGGGAGAUAAAGAAAAGAAGAUGGGAAAGGACAUGUUCAAAGACUUCAAAAUCGCCAAGCCCCCAGCCAUUCCAGCAAGAAAAGGCGAACAAGGGUCAAACAUCGCACCAGUCCCCGACAGUAAAGAAGCAGGUGCAUUUGAGCAGUACUUCUCCAGUAAAGUGGGCGUGGCUCAGGAUGCAGCAGAUCAUGAUGACUUUGAUAUAAAUCGGAUCUCAGCAGCAGCUAAUGGCACACCAAAACCAACUCCAGUGCCUGCUCCAAGCUUGGACCCGGGCUUUUUAGAUGCCGCAUUUUCUGCUCCAGCUGCAAAUACUCCUGCACAAGCCCAAACUCUCAACCAGGACAUAUUUGAUGAUGCUUUUGGGGUUUCAGCAUCAAGUCCAUCCAUAGCACCAGUUUUAACAGUGCCAAACCCUUCAUUUGGACAGAGCACUGGUGCUCUGGGACUUGCUUUUGAUGACCCUUUUGCUUAAUAAAAGACUAUGUAAAGAUGCUGUGGAAGCAAAUGAUAAUAAUGAAGAUCUUUGAAGGAAAUGGCAACUUUGGAUUCAAUUAUUAUUUUCAGCUCAAAAGAAAUCUUUGGCUUUUACACCUGGUGUGUUUGUCCUCAUUUAAGCUGAUGGUAGUUAUUGAAAACAGCAAAUGUAGAAAAUAGUAGGCUAAAAAUGUCCAUUAAAAGAACAGGAAGUUGUCUAAUGUAUAAAAAUAACCAAAUAAAACAACUACAUUAUUCAGUG